AUGCUGGACUCUUCACCAGUCUUCUCAGUCCUGGAGCCUCAGGGCUGUCCAGGCCAAGGGAGUGGCAGGACGUUGGCGUCAGCCCAGCUUGAUGGGAACUUCCACUCUGAGUGGCAAGAAGCCACCUUGCACUGUCACACUGAAUCUAUGCUAGGCUUGAGACAGGAGGGAUUGCCAUGGAAUUCAGCCAGUUCCUCAAUUAAUGUAGCUUUGCCAUACUUUGCCAUGUUGAAUGAAGCGCUUCACUUUGCCAGAUCCGACCAUGAACGGCACGCCUUGAGAAGGGCGCGCAUAUUCGGCAGGCAUUCACUCGGCAGCCCUGAGCCACCUAACCCCACGUGA